UGAGUGCUCUGAACGUCAGUUUCUGCACACCGUCAACAUGUUGACAUCAAACCAAGUUGGUUUUGCUGCAAUGUUAAUGCAAUUUUGUUUCAAGAAUGUCAACAGCUUCUUAGCAGCCCUUUUGGGAUGGAUUUUGCGGGUGUCUGGCACGCAGAUGCAACAUACGCCUGUUGGAAACAUCAGUCGCCCGAAGACUGGCACCAAAGAGCAGAAAGAGGGCUCCAGCACUCAGCUGACUAGAACUCCAAGCAGUGUAAACUACCACUUUACCCGGCAGUGCAAUUACAAAUGCGGCUUUUGCUUCCACACUGCGAAGACAUCUUUCGUCCUGCCCAUUGAAGAAGCAAAGCGAGGCUUACGACUUCUCAAAGAAGCAGGAAUGGAAAAGAUCAACUUCUCGGGCGGAGAGCCCUUCAUUCACGAGAAAGGCAAUUUUCUGGGAGAGUUGGUGCGAUAUUGCAAGCAGGAGCUGCAGCUGCCCAGCGUCAGCAUCGUGAGCAACGGCAGUCUGAUCAGAGAAACCUGGUUCCAGAAAUACGGUGACUACUUGGACAUCCUGGCCAUAUCUUGUGACAGUUUUAACGAGGACACCAAUAAAGUCAUAGGUCGAGGUCAGGGCAAGAAGAGUCACCUGGACAAACUACAUCAAGUUCAGAACUGGUGCCGGGAAUAUAAGGUGGCUUUCAAAAUCAACUCAGUUAUCAAUACCUACAAUGUGGAUGAAGAUAUGACCGAGCAGAUCAAUACUCUGAACCCAGUGCGCUGGAAGGUCUUCCAGUGUCUGCUAAUUGAAGGUGAAAACGCAGGGGAGAACAGCCUCCGCGAGGCCGAGAAAUUCAUCAUUAGCGAUCAGCAAUUCCAAGACUUCCUGGAUCGCCACCAGAGCGUGAAGUGUCUGGUUCCAGAGUCCAAUCAAAAGAUGAGAGACUCUUACCUGAUUCUUGAUGAAUAUAUGCGCUUCUUGGAUUGCCGAGAGGGGAGGAAAGAUCCGUCAAAGUCAAUUCUGGAUAUCGGUGUAGAAGAGGCCAUCAAGUUUAGUGGUUUUGAUGAGAAGAUGUUCCUCGUAAGAGGGGGGAAAUAUGUGUGGAGCAAAGCUGAUAUGAAACUGGACUGGUGAACUGUCUCAGUAUUGCUGUUUUUACUCUGUUUUUACAUUGAGACUUGGUCUAAUUUAUAAAUGUAAAAUAUAUGGUAAUAAACAAUUGUACAGUGUAGUUACAUAAGCUUAAAAAAAAAGCUGGUUGGAUACAUUGGUGUAUAAAUGUCUGUUUUUCAGUAUUUUUAUGAGAUUCUACUGCACUGAAAUGCUUGCAUAUAUAGAUUAUUAUGUAUGAUUGUUUAUGUAUGAUUUUUAUAAGAUGUGUAUUAUGGUAUGCUUGCUUUGAAUCUGGAAUAUUUGCAUAACCUGAAGUAUGUUUUUUAAUUUUUACAGACCAUGCUAUGGUUGUCUUUGUCUUGACAUUCUUAUCAGAAGUAAUUGAUUUAAUAUAAUCUUGGAAGAAAAUUAUUGAUAAAUUAUCUGCUUACACAGUUUGAUUAACUGCACUUUGAAAGCAUGAAAGCACUUUGAAUUAUAAUUCAGACUAAAGCACACCUUAGAUGCUUUAAUUUUCAUAGUGUAGAAUUGACAUUUUAGUUUGCAGCUCCUCAGAUCGCAACUUUGAAAACUUACAAAAGCUCUAGACUUUCUCCUGUAACAGCAUUAAAAAUAAAAAGCUUUGAGGCAUGUGUAAUAUAUAGUGAAGACCAUGAGGCACCCUGAAAAAGAAUAUAUAGAAAACAAAAAGAUUCCUGAAGUAUCUUUUAUUUUAUUUUUUUAAACAAUGUUGUAACUUCAUAUUAUAUUUUAUUGAAAAUAAAUAUUUGUGACAAAA